AUGUUGAGAAGAACAACGGUGCGCAGGUUGACAACGUUAACCAGAAACAAACCAAUCAAACUCACUCCAAGGUUACUCCUUUCAACCCCACACAACGUGACGCCAGUUCGUACAUUUGCAUCGCAACUAGCUCAAGUUAAAACCCCGCCAAACCUCCAAAAUGAACCAGUCAAGAAUUUUGGAUUCAACGAUACAAAGGACUGGGACUUGCUUCGCGCAUCCCUUACCAAAUUCACCGAUGAAGGCGCAUUGCAAGUGCCGCUUGUGAUUGGGGGCAACAAGAUCCAUCGCGACCAAACGUUGCCCCAGUUGAACCCAGCCAACCACUCGCACAACUUGGCCGAUGUGUCGCAGGCUACCGCCGACGAUGUGCGCGCGGCAAUCGACGCUGCCAAAAGGGCCAAGUUGAAGUGGUCCCAGACGUCAUUUACCGAUCGAGCUGCGAUCUUUUUGAAAGCGGCCGAUUUAAUCUCGACCAAGUACAGAUACGACAUGUUGGCUGCCACGAUGUUGGGACAGGGCAAGAACGUGUACCAAGCUGAAAUCGAUUGCGUUGCUGAACUCAUUGAUUUUUUCAAGUUUAACGUCAAGUAUGCCGAGGAGUUGUACGGCGUGCAGCCUAUUCAAACUAGCGCCGGGGUGUGGAACCGUAGUGAGUACCGUCCCUUGGAAGGUUUUGUUUAUGCUGUUACUCCGUUCAAUUUCACUGCCAUUGCUGCAAACCUUGUUGGUGCUCCCGCGUUGAUGGGCAACACCGUGGUUUGGAAACCAAGUGCCACGGCCGCAUUGUCCAAUUACUUGCUCUUGACGAUUUUGGAGGAGGCCGGCUUGCCCAGCGGUGUGAUCAACUUUGUGCCCGGUAACCCCGUCGAGGUGACCGAUGUUGUACUUGCCGAUCGCGAUUUUGCAGCGUUGCAUUUCACUGGUUCCACCGAUGUUUUCAAAAAACUUUAUCAUGAAAUUAGCUCCAAUGUUGCCAAGGACAAGUACCGCGACUUUCCUAGAAUUGUCGGUGAAACUGGGGGCAAGAACUUCCACUUGAUCCAUCCUAGUGCUUCAUUGCACCAUUCGGUUUUAAGUACGUUGAGAGGCGCCUUUGAAUACCAGGGACAAAAAUGCUCGGCCACGUCGAGAGUCUACGUUCCAGAAUCGUUGUGGCCCGAGUUUGUCAAUGUCUUGAGCUCGAAAAUGGCUCAGAUUAGCAUUGGCAACACUGCGGACUCGACUGCUCUCAACUCGUUUAUGGGACCCGUGAUUCACGAGCCCAGUUUCAACAAGUUGGCUGCUGCUAUUGAUCAUGCCAAGGAAGACCCCGAGUUGGAAAUCAUCAGCGGCGGUGGCUACGAUUCAAGCCAAGGCUACUAUGUCCAACCAACAUUGAUCAAGACCACCAACCCCAACCACGAAUACUUGACCAAGGAGUUCUUUGGGCCCAUAUUGACCGCGUACGUAUACCCCGACUCACAAUUUGAGCAGAUUAUGGAAUCGAUUGACUCCGUGACAAAGUACGGAUUGACCGGCUCGAUAUUCGCUAGAGAUAGAGAUGCAGUUAGAGCAGCUGAAGAGAACUUGAGGUAUGCUGCAGGUAACUUCUACAUCAACGACAAGUCCACUGGUGCUGUUGUUGGACAACAAUGGUUUGGCGGUGCUCGCGCUUCAGGUACCAACGAUAAAGCUGGCAGUGGCAAUAUCCUUUCGAGAUUUGUUUCUGUUAGAAACAUCAAGGAGAACUUUUACGAGUUGACUGACUUUAAAUACCCUUCAAACUAUCAGUAA